CCUGACAUCUGAUUCCAUUCCCCAAUCCGCCAAGGAGGAGCAGACGGUUGGGUCCUACUCCGCAGUAAUCGUACGAAGCGGCUUGCUUGCUUGCGAUACAGAUAUUAUUAUAACAAGCUGGUGGAAGGACGUGUUCGGAGAGAGAGUAUUCACUCGUUCCCACUUACACACGCCCUGCCCCCCGAUAGCCGAAUCCUCCAUCCAGGCACAUCCAGGCAACCGGCUGCGUCGUAGAGAUAGGUCGCACCACGGUAAUGUUAGCUGAGGUUUCACCGAGACGAGACAACUCGUGGCCGUGCUGAAACAAUGAUGCCUUCCCGGCCGUUGCGUCGUGGGUGGCCAUCGGCGGCGGAUGCUGGAGAUGCUGGAAAUGCUGGAGAGACAGCAGUGACACCGCUAGGCCGCUGUGGGCGUUGGCGUCGCGCCCACUGGGACCACUGGGGUGCUCGUGUUACAGGGCCCGCAUCCGCCCUCAAGCUCAGCAGGGCAGUGAUCUUCCUUCUCAUCUCCUGCUGGCUCUGUCUAGGCGCCGCCGCGGCUUCUAUUUCAGUGGACGAGUCCCCACGCCCGAUCGUGCCCGCAGGAGCUGGAGCUGGAGCUGGAGUCGACACUACAGACGAGGCACUGCUGAUCGAUCCACGAAUCCCCGUCUUCGUCGACGGCCAUUGGCAAAUCAUGUCCGACGAAGAGCAUCGCGAGCUCCGUCGCCGCGCCGACGCCCACAAAGAAACAGAAGAAGAGGAAGAAACGGAUACAGAAACACAGACAGGAGCAGGAACAGGAACAGGAACAAAGACAGAAAAGCCAAAGGCCACCAAGACGACCGAGAUCAUAAUCAACGCCGCGACCGUCACCGAUUCCGCGAAUCCCGUCUCAACCACGACCGCCGCAGCGAGCCCCUUACCAAGCCCCUUCGACGGUGCCUUGGCGGCCAACUUCUCGGGCGACAAUGUGUGUCCAACAUUCAUCAAUGAUUUCCUAUCGAACGCCACUUUCAGAGCAUGCUACCCAAUAUCGCUGCUACUGCAGGGAUCGCAGUCAUUCUUCGAAGCCGAGAAGUCCUUCUUUAGCAUAACGCAGGUGCUCGACGCCGCCUGCAAGGCCGAUGUCGACAUGUGCACCGACUAUUUCAACGACCUCGCCAAGAGCCUCAUCGCCACCGGCAACUGCGGCAAGGAGUACGAUCGCGAGAACGCCCUCGUCGUGCAAGCCUACCAGGGUAUGAAGACGUAUAAUACCGUCUACAAGGCCACGUGUCUCGCCAAUGAGGAUUCCAAAUCUUCCGAAUAUUGCUUCGCCAACGCUAUCACGAACAGCACCACCCCGUCGAAUGCGUAUCUCUACUACCUGCCAUUCAACUCGACACUGCCUAGCACGGCGGCCCCAGCCUGCGGCUCAUGCACGCAGCAGACCAUGGCAAUCUACCAGGCCGCGACCUCGAAUCGCAAAGCCGACAUCUCCAACACAUACUUGAGUGCGGCCGAACAGAUAAAUUCGAAUUGCGGGAACAACUUCGUUAAUACGACGUUGGCGACCGCCGUUGAUUCAGGCACGAUGGCAUCCUUGAACCCAAUAUCGUCGUCUUUAGCGAUUCUGAUAUCUUUCUUCAUCAUGGCCGUAUCCCACUGGAUAUUAUAACCUUUACUUCUCCCCCUUUUUAUUUUUCAUUUGUGUCGGAAAGCCUACCAGGUCCUUACGAAAGCGACUUUAUCGUCCCAAACUCAAAAAAGCGAUUACAAAGCACGGCGUCUCAGGAAGCGGGCGGCACUGGGAUUUUUUUUCGACAUAACUUGGCAACGGAUUUUAUUUGACAUUGACUUUUGGACUCUUUUUCUACUAUUCUUACGA